GAGCGCUCCGCCCAGGCCACCGUUGUCGCGUGGCGCCAGUACCGCCAGGCGUGCGAGCUGCACCUGCGCCUGGCCCCGCCCCCGCCAGGCCCCGUGUGCAACCGCACCUUUGACCUGUACGCCUGCUGGGGGGACGCUGUCCCCAACAGCACGGCCACUGUCCCCUGCCCCUGGUACCUGCCCUGGUACCCCCGAGGUGAGCCCAGGUGAGCGCGGGGAGGGGAGGGGACAGCGGGGACAGCAGGUGACAGCGGUGUCGCAGUGCAGGGCGGGGUGGUGGCGCGGCGCUGCGGCCCCGACGGGCGCUGGGUGACAGACGACAGCGGCAGGACCUGGCAGGACAACUCCGAGUGCGAGGACCUGGCACAGGUGCAGCCGCUGGAGCGCCAGGUGUGGCUCCUGGAGCAGUUCCGUCUCCUUUACACCGUGGGUUAUUCGCUGUCCCUGGUGGCGCUGCUGGUGGCGCUGCUGCUGCUGCUGCUGCUCAGGCGCCUGCGCUGCACGCGGAACCUGAUCCACGCCAAUCUCUUCGUGUCCUUCGCUCUCCGCGCCGCCGCCAUCCUGACCCGGGACGCGCUGCUGCCACACCCGGGCCACCAACAGGGCCACCAACAGGGCCACCAACAGGGCCACCAACAGGGCCACCAGCCCGGCCACCCCCUGCAGCUGCUGGGCACGCAGGUGAGCCCGGCGUGCCGGGUGGCGCAGAGCCUGGCCCAGUACUGCGUGGGUGCCAACUACGCCUGGGCCACGGCCGAGGGGCUGCACCUGCUGCACCUGCUGCUGGGCACACCUGGCCGCGGGCACCUGCCCGCCCUCCUGCUGCUCGGAUGGG